GUGGAGGGCCGCGAAAUCCCAAUUGUUCACCGCGUUCUUAAUCUCCACAAAAACGCCGCAGGAGAAACUCGACUCCUCACGAAGGGCGACAACAACUCCGUAGACGACAGGGGCCUCUACGCCAACAAAGACUUGUGGCUGAAGGACAGCAGCGUGAUGGGCACGACAGUAAUAUACCUUCCCUACAUUGGUCAAGUGACCAUUAUCUUGAACGACUACCCAGUGGUCAAGUGGGCCAUUAUAGGCAGCAUGGUGAUCCUUGCGCUUCUGGGCUACGAGUGA